AUGGUUAAGAGUGUAUGCGUCUUACUAGAUCGGAGAAAGUUGUGUAGAACUACUAGAGUUAGGUGCUUGAAUGAGCUCAGUGGUUCCAAAAAAAUUGUGGCUAGUGUUGGAAACUUAUGCAGCCGUAAUUAUGCAAUGGAUAGACUCAACCAUUUGAAUGGAAGUAAAACAUCAAUAGCGGAUAUAUCUGAUGCAGUAAACAGCAUGACUAGAGUUUCGGAUGGUGGCAAGAGGUGUGAUAGUGGCGAUGAAGAUAGUAUUAAUAAGGGGAGCUCUGGUCGUAAGAGGAAGAGAGAGUCUAUGUCAGAAAUGCUGCACUGGAUUCUUGAUAGGGCUGAGAAUCCUUGUGAUCCUGCAAUGGGUUCAAUGCCCAAAAAGUCAAAGUGGAAGUCAUAUGGUAGUGAAGAGAUCUGGAAGCAGGCUUUGUUGUUCCGGGAAGCUGUAUUUCUCAAAAUCGAUCACCGUAGUUUGCAGGGUCAAAGGAUGCAUCCUUGCAUGUAUGAUGAUCAGGUCGGGGCAAACUACAAUCUUAGGGAGAGAUUAAAAACUACAUCUGGUGAUGGCUCUUCACAUGCUGGAGGAACAAAGGGAGGCUCUAGUGCUGAGAAAUGGUCACUUGAUGAACCUGCCACCGUGCCCAUUCCUAUUGGCCCGGCCCAUCAAGCUGAAGUUCCUGAAUGGACUGGCAUGGCUGUUGAGAGUGAUUCAAAAUGGUUUGGAAACCAAAUAUGGCCAGCAGCAAAGGUGAAUACCAAUCUUAUCGAAAGGGAUCCCAUUGGAGCUGGAAGAAAAGAUUCAUGUGGCUGCCAAUUUCAAGGUUCUGUUGAGUGUAUCCAAUUUCAUGUUGCUCAGAAAAGGGCUAAACUUAAGCUAGAAUUGGGUGAUGCAUUUUACAUGUGGAAUUUACACAAGACAGGGGAAGAUGUUAGGCGAGAGAAGAAGUUUAAGGAUGUGCGAAGGGGAUACCAGAUUUGGAAUACUCCAAAUGACAUCAACAGCGAUGAUGGUGAAGCAGAAUAUGGACCAUUGAAGAAUUCUUUCGGACAUAACAAAGAUAACCCUCGCACUACCUUAUUACAAAGGGAAGAUAGCAAGUUCCUGAAGUCACACGCUUCCUUGAGAAGAGAGUUUGGCCAUUUGUGCUUCUUAGUGGCAGCAAUCUUCGUGUUUAGAUAA